AUGUUGCUAGCGCGUAUCGGUGGCGAUGCUGACUUUUCGAAGGGUUACAAACUGCACUCAGAUGUAACAACGCUGACACGCCCUUACACCUUCCUCGUAGCCGUUACACCGAAAUCAUCGACCAUCAUGAGAUACGGGGCGCCUUCAAGCCCCAGCAUACAGCUGCAUACACAGCUCACUCCUGCUCAAAUUCAACUCAUCCAGUCCCACGAGGACUUCGGCGAAGUACGCAUCCCAGUCAGCGAGCUUGAUCUCGCAAACUUCCUUCGCAGCCAGAUCGAACUCCUGGCUUCAUCGCAAGACGCACCGACGGUAUCGAAGCUGAUCGCCCGAUUACUAGAUGCAAAUGUUGGCGAUGAUGACCAUGGUAGCGGUAAUGGUGGCCACAGCGUUGUAGCCCAUAUCCUAAGCUUCACAGUUCUCGGUGAUCAAAGUGGGGAGCUGGUUCCAGAGGGCCGCAUGUUACUGUGGAAGUGGGAUAAACCUCAAAGCCAGUACCGGAAGACAGGCUCCUGGGGCCAUAGUUUGACAAAAGUCCUGGUCGAUGCCGAGUGGAACACUGGUAAAGAUGUCACGCUAUACGUGAAGGCUGUUGAAGAGGAAGAGUAUGAGAGGGUGUUGAAAGGCGAGACGAAGACAUAA